AUGAAAUUCUCAGCGCCCCAGCUCUUCCUCGCCUUGGUUGGCGCAAACGCAGCGUUGGCUGAGUUCACCGUCAUACCUGGGAAGUCGGCAGUUGCCUACUGCAGCUCGAAUCCCAUGCCCGGACACGACAACUGUGAAAGGGCCAUUGCGAAGAUAGAUGACAACGGCUACUAUAGUGAAGGAAACGAACUGCAGGCCGGCGACUGCUCGGUGAGGAUUGUAAAUCCCGGCGCCGGGGCGACCAAAUCUCUCAAGGGUUCGGACUACAAGUAUAUGGCAUCGAGUAUCUUGGAGAACGGUUGUUACGGUGACGGAUGGGGCCUUGUCGACGGCGUCAACGUGACUGUCCAUCUCUGCACAGUUUGCAUGUACGGCACAUGUACCGUCUGCAACGCCCCCGCCCGCCGUGCGGGAGCAACGCUGCCCAUGGUGGAAGCGAAGUCGGAGAUGCCUCCGGCUCCAGCUUCUCGCCGCAGCAUAGAGUCUUCGCCCUCCACCCUCGAAGCACGCGCCGAUCCCGAGUGGGGAGUGACGUGCGGCUCCGCACUCGGCCCCGUCAAGGUCUCGGCCUGCAAAGAGCUCGCCGGAAAGCUGCGCGGCCAGGAGCUCGCGCUGCCGUACGUGGGCGAGAAUCAGGGCUGCGAGGUCGCACUCUUCGCGCACUUUCGCGGAAUGACGAUAUCGGGCGAUAAAGUUGCCGACCGGAUAGACCACGAUUCAGAUCUGUGCAACGGUGGAGGAUACGUUGGUCGCCAGGUCGAUGACAACUUGGCGUUCACAGUCAUAUUCGCCGCGGGCCCCAGGCUGUGGUUUGGUCAGCUUUGCGGCGAGUUUGGCUUUGGUAUUGCCGAGUGCACUCAGGGAGAGGCGCCAGGGAAAUGA